AUGGAGUUGUUCUUCAUCGCUUUUCAGCUUCUUAUAGAGGUUCAGUCUUACAAUUCACUUCAGAGACCCUUCAUCAGUGUUAGUGACGAUGGAGACCAGAUCAACAUAGCCUGUGAAACACCGCUUUCAGUCAGAGCUGAUUUCACCUGUAGUCUCUACAUUGAGGAUGGUCUUCUGCACUCUCAGAAGAGACAGUCUGGAGAACGUCUUUGUAUGUUUUAUGUAGCUCCUGGUGAACUCUUGACACGAUCAGAGAACAGACAGCUGAGCUGUGAUUAUUCACUCAACACUGAACCUGAGAUCAGAUCACCGCGCAGUGAAACAUACACCAUCAGAGUGACCUCUUCUGCUAAAGCUUUGACAACAGCCAUAAAAACUUCUUCAACAGCGACCUCUACUGGUGAAACUUUGACAGACAAAACUUCUGUUUUCACACCAGCUUCUGCUCCUGAAACCACCAGAGAGACACAAACAUCUGCUCCUCAUUCUGAUCACAUUCACUCUGAAGUCUCGUGGCUUUCAGUAGUGCUGGUUUUUACUGGUGUUGGUUUAUUUCUGUCUGGACUCAUGGGAUUCAUCUGUCUCUGCCACUUUGACAGUUCUGAUGAUGUUCUCACAGAGGUGAACUACAGCUCCUGCCAGGUGGAAACAACAUCUCUGUUAACUUCCUCUGUGUGCUCCAAAAAACAUGGAUGAACUGCUUCAUUUCUUCACUUGUUGCACCUCUAAAGAGAAAUAAAUAAUGUGUUCAGAAAGAAUGAUAGUAGCCUAUAUUUACAUUAUUUAGCUAUUGAAUUCAUAUACUGAUCAGCAGGCCAAGGCAGAGUUUUUUUUCCACACAUUCUGAUUUUGGGAGAAAACAGAUUUUAUAGAAUUCAGUGCCUUUUUAAUUCCAAUUUUAAUUUUUUUUUUUUUAAUGCCAUAUGCCGCUAAAUGUUGAUAGAUGACAACAUACGGCAAUUAGAAUAUUUAUCAUGUCAUUGUUGCAUUCGCAUUCUGCCAAGUGUCAGCCCAACAUUUGUUUGCUUCUCUGGUGCUACCCUUUUUGCUCACAUAAUUUAUUUUAAUACAGCCAAAUUUCCAAUAAAAUUGUUUCAUCUAUAUAUUUUUUUCUGUUUUUGUUGUCAUUCAAUAUGAAAUGGUGACUGAAACGCGGCCCAUUUCGAUUACAUACAGGGCUCGACAUUAAGCCUUUUCAUGUGGACACAUGUAAAUCGGUCAUUCACUUGUAAGAGUAAAACAGUUCCUUGUCCGGAAUUUUAUUUAUUUAUUUAUUUAUUUUUUUUGUGGUGGAAAUAUAAAUUUGUUCUGAAGCAAUAUCCUUUCAGAAUAUUGCAGCUUUGAUAUAUGUAAAUCUGCAUAUUUUUGAUUGAUUACAACUGCAUUAAAUAAUGUUAUGGGAUUGUUUUAAAUAUUUUUUGAAAAUACAAAUAUGAAAUGUUGGGGGGGAAAUGAUACUUUUAAAAAUGAAACUAAACCACCAGUAGGUGACGGCAAGUAACCGUCUUAAUGAGUGAGUCAUUGAUUCCUUUAUUCAAGCGAUUCAUUGAAAUGGACGAUUCGUUCAAAACGCUGAAUCAUUCAGUAAUGAAAACAAGGGUGUUGCGCUUUGGUUCUGCUGUGAUCUUUGUUUGAAACUAUUUUCGCUGAUAAAAUAGAACAAAAACAGUCAAUGUUCCUUCUAAAAUGUAAGUGGCUUAAUAUGAACUACUUGUUAAUUGAACUGAUGUAUGAAAUCAGUGUCACGUUUUUAAUCGUGAUGGUAGCCUAUUUAGGAAAACAGCAUUCUUGGUCGUGUAGUUUUGCUUACCAGUAUCAAGUUAUAAAAACUCCACAUUUUGAAUUUUUACCGCAGUAUGUUUAACCAAGUUUCUUUUUGUGUGCACUUCGCUCAUGUUUCCAUUUCUCCUCCAGAUGGUGCGCGAGCCUCAACAGCGCAACAUUGUUAUGGUCAGUAGCCUACAUUAUACAACCUAUUAUUAUCCACUAUCGAUCGCCACUAACACUAAAUGUAAUAAAAUCAGUCACUCGCGUUUGGUGAUUCCCAAGGCCAAGUUGCUGUUUUUUUUUUUUUGUUUUUUUUGUUUUUGUUUGUUUGUUUGUUUGUUUGUUUGGGUAGGCUAUUGACGUUUUAAUCAGGGCCUUGUCCGGUCGGGAAAGUAAAAUUCGAGCCCUGACAUGUUAAACCAGCACUAAAAUCCUGAUUUAUAAUCAAGACGUUGUCUGACAAAAUCACCAUACACAUGAGACAGACAUUUGCAAUGAUUUUGGCUAUAUGUACACGUAAAAUGAUCACUCAGGUUAAAAGCAAUAGUAUCUAUUUUAUUUGUUCUCUGACAGAGCGCACAGCCUCAACUGCGCUGCUGAACCAGGUGCGCCUGCGGCAGGAAAGCAAGAUCUGCGCUCGUGCGGUAGUACCAGGGAGUCUCGAAAGCUGGAUCAGGUUAACAAGUCGCUAUAUUCGUCACAACGCGCUUUCUUAGAAAAACGUCGCAAAAGGGGUCUGAAAAGGCGCUAAGUUGGUAACACUGAUGCAGCCUUUUCGUCUCCAAGUCCCAGCCCGCCGCUGUCCAAACCGGCGUUAUGGCAAUUUUGCACCGGCCGGAGGCAAUUACCAAACUGGUUCCGUGAAAAUCCAUUUCAUGACUUCUAAUGCUUUUUAAUGUCCCGCGGAUACCCUGAGAAAUAGGUGUGGAUGAUUAACUAAUCAGGAUACACACAAUGAGGCCAAAUGAACAGAACAAGACAUGACAGAACUAAAUGCAAACAUAACAAAAGUCCAUGAGUGUUACAGCUAAUAAAGUUGCAUUUUAACUGCAGAAUGUUUUAAACCAGUGUU